AUGGAAGAUCCUACAUCAACUAUCAUAAAAUAGGUCUAAAAUACAGCUUUAUUGUCUGAUGAGAAGAAGUUGCAGGCAGAGCAAUAGCAGUAAAACUCUGCUGCUGCUCCAGACACUCAGCAAAGCGUCUAGACUCAUGAAUUGCUCUCAGAAUGGUCAUUCUGGUAUGUUUAUACAUUGUCUCACAGAGAGAAGAAGAAGCUUGGCAAAAAAGCAAGAUUCAAUGAGUACUAGCUACAUGAGGUCUACUCCUUUGGAACUAUUGAGGACUUUUGGAGGAUGUUCAAUAAUGUGUAUCAAAUCAGCGAGAUCAUUCCAAACACUGACUUCUUGUUGUUCAAAAAGGGGAUUAGACCAGAGUGGGAAGACCCAUAUAACAAGCAAGGGGGUAAAUGGGUCGUCACUUUGCCUAUUGAAGAGGACAUGGAGGAGGAGUGCAAUGAAGCAUGGUAGAAUCUAGUAUUGCACAUGAUAUCGGGAUAAUUUGAGAAUUAUGAAUUGAUCAAUGGAGCUAUCUUCUCCAUCAGAGAGAAGCAUUACCGUAUCACUCUCUGGUGUAGCGACAACAAUAACAUUCCUAAGAUCAAGCGCAUUGGCCACAAAUUUAAGGAGAUCUGCCAACUCCCUGAAAAGUAUUUAUUCGGCUACCAACUUCACUAGAAAGCUCUUCAGCAUCAACUUGACAAUGAAGCCUUCUUAAAACUUAACGAUUGA